AUGCCAGCCUUCCCACCCUGUGGUGAGGCCAGCUCCAUCAUGCAGCAAGUGGCCCUGAGCCUGCUCCUCCUCCUCGCAGGCCUACCUGCCCUGGAUGCCAACGACCCGGAAGAUAAAGACAGUCCUUUUUACUACGACUGGCACAGCCUCCGAGUCGGAGGGCUCAUCUGUGCAGGGGUCCUGUGCGCCAUGGGCAUCAUCGUCGUUCUGAGUGGGAAAUGCAAAUGCAAGUUUGGCCAGAAGCCCAGCCACCGAUCAGGGGAUGCCCCACCACUCGUCACUCCAGGCUCUGCCCAUAACUGUUGA